GCCAGAACAACGCAGCUUAUCUCUGUCAGGAGCUGCCCUGUCAGAGAGCAAGGCAGGCUGACGGGAAGGCACCGGAGGACUGAGAGGAUGGGCAACUCUCUGCUGAGGGAAAACAGUUUUAGGUGGCAACAGAACACUCAAGAGAUACCCUGGGAUCUGAAAAAUCAAAACCUCAAGCAGAGAACAUCCAGGUGCUGGGACCGCCACAUGACUGAAGGGUGUUUCUGCCUCCCAUGGAAAAAGAUGCACAUUUUUAAAGCCAGGCAAGAUUUCCCAAAGGAAGGUAAGUUAUUCAGCAGCACCUCUGUUCAGGACAACGCUGACCAGAACUCUGCAGAGGAGCUGUGCUACACCCUCAUCGAUCACAGGGUCCUUGGCAGGAGGCCAUCAGGGAACUCAGCCGAGGAGUACUAUGAGAACGUUCCCCGCCAGGUCCGGAGGCCCAGAGAGUCGCUGAGAGGAACCGAGACUGAGUACUCACUUCUCCAUGUGCCUCCCGCCCCUAGGCAUCCACCUGCCCCGGAAGGUGAAUACGAGCUUCUCAGUGUCCAGUAGAAUCUCCUCUCAUGCCCUGCAAAAGCCACGUCCACAUA